AAGACGAAGACGACAUUGACAUUGUUGUAUUACAGCCGGAACCUUCAUUGUACAUUUUGUUUCCACCCGGAGUUAUGUGACGAAAGAACGUCAACUAGGUUGUGUACACCGUAAGUUAUCGUGUUUAGGUCUUUGAUAAAGUAGAAUUGAUUUUUAAUGAAAAUCAUCCAUUAAACGAGUUAACUGACGUAACCGGAAGAACAAUCGUACACUUAACCUGCCUGUCGCUAGUGUUUAUAAAAAGGUUAAAAAAAAAAAACUAACUAACGUUAAGCCGGUGUACCGACUUUAUCCACCAAAUACCAUGAAGAUCAAGCGACAGAAACAAGCAAAGAAAACAAUCAGUUUCUACAAAUACAACUUCAGCUUCAGGGAACCUUUUCAGAUUCUCAUUGAUGGGACUUUUUGUCAGGCUGCGCUGAAAAACAAGAUUCAGAUCAAAGAGCAGAUGCCCAAGUAUCUGAUGGGGGAAGUUCAGCUGUGCACCACAAACUGUGCAUUGAAAGAACUGGAGACUCUGGGGAAACAGCUGUAUGGAGCUAAAAUCAUCCUGCAGAGGUUUCAGGUCAGGAAAUGUCCACAUUUCAAGAAUCCAGUUCCUGCAUCCGAGUGUCUUCUGUCCAUGCUGGAGGAGACAAACCCACAUCACUACUUUGUUGCCACACAGGACCACACAGUAACCACAGGCCUUAAGAAGAUCCCAGGUGUUCCUCUGCUCUACAUCAUCCUUAACACCAUUGUGCUGGACAAACCCAGCCAGGCGUCCCUUGACCACGUCCAGGCUGUCCAGCUGGGGGAGCUGGUAAGCCCAACCGAGCAGCAGAGCAUCCGUAGCCUGAAAGAGGAGCAGGGCAUUGGCCAGAAGGAUGGAGAGAGGCGGGGGAAGAAGAGGAAGAGGAAACCAAGCAACCCUAACCCUCUGAGCUGCUUGAAGAAGAAGAAGAAAGGGGUGCCGACACCACCGCUGAAGAAGACCGAGCAGGGGGAGAAUAGGAAAAGAAGUCGACACAAGAAACAAAAGACACAGGGAGGUGAUAAUAUGUCUGCUGUAACUGCUAUGUAAUAUGUCAGGAAGACAAGCUUCAGCUAGUUUGUUUUUUGCAUAAAUGUUAUUUGAAGAUAAGUGUUAUCCCUAACACAGUUACAACCAACGCAUACAUUUCUGGUGUUUUUCUAAUGCUACUACAUAGAUAAAUCAGUGUUUAUUUACCCAAAAUGUCAUUAAAUUAUUUUAUUUUUUUGCAGUUUCUAUAACUCAGGACUAACAGACAUGGGUUGAGAACCGUUGUCUUACGUUUAUACAAAAUAAAGUGGCUAUACAGCGCAUAGCUGUAGAUAUUAGAUGCGCUCAGACAUUACAUGAUGUACACUUUAUAAGGGAGCAGUUAUGAAAAACAGUGCAUUCAGCUGUCUGCAGAAGCACAAGGAAGACGUGUGGACACAAUGAUUUGAUGCUCUGCUUCUUUAUACUGGAUGCUGCAACUUUUUGAAAUUGUCUGCAGUAUUAUGGUAAUAAACAUUGAGUUUAGAGUUCAAACAUGACAAACUUGAAUAUGUCCAUCCAGACUUCACUUGAUCAUGUCAUCAGCUCUUCCUACAGAUUAAAAAUCCAUUUGCUUUGAAAUGAAAGCAAUCCAUUAUUAUUGUUAUACAGUACAACACUAAGUGAACAUUGAACAGAGAAAAUGAUCUACUUGUUUGACACACUCAGAGGUUACUGGGGAAGUGACACUGUUGAAGGGUAACAGCUAAACAGUCUUUAUUAUCAGGAUAAUACAUGACUCUUUGUCAACCAGUUGUGACCAAUGAUCGUCCAUACAGUAUAUAAAAUGGCUACUAGAUAAAAGGAGUCCCACACUUCAAGUUAUUUUAAGAUUAAAAGAUGGCAAUAAAAAGUAGAUAGUAGUAAAGUUGUUUCUGGGACAAUUCCACUCUAAUAAAAUAUCUCAGGACAGAGC